AUGGAGAGCACCAGAGUGUUUGUGGGUGGUCUUCCACCUACAUGCUCCAAUGAUCAGCUAAAGAAGCACUUUGAAACCCGCUUCCAAGUCACAGACGCUCAUGUCCUACCCAAACGUAGGAUGGGGUUUGUCGGCUUCAAGAGCCAUGAAGCUGCCCAACAGGCUGUCAAGCACUUCAACAGGACAUAUAUGAAGAUGUCAAAGAUCACUGUAGACAUCGCUCGACCGGUCGAUUCAAAUGCCGCUGAGGAUGCCCAUCCAACGCGAAGACGUGGUACCACGAAUGAUAAUGAUGCAUCGUUGGAUAAUAACCUCAAGCGCAAGAGGGAUGGCGAGAACAAAUCACAGGACCCCAAGUUGCAGGAGUACCUCUCCCUUAUGGGGCAAUCGUCAAAAACUCGGACAUGGGCCAAUGAUGAUGAUAUGAUCAAACCGUCCGCGGACACAGUUCCCGUUAUUAACCAACCUCCCCAGGGAGAAACACAGACUGAGGAGUUACCUUCACAUCCGAAAAAGGCCAAGACAGAAAAGCCUGUCACGGUACCAGAACCUGAACAACCUGAGCCCAUGGUCAUUGACAAGAUUGGGGAAGAGGAAGUUCAAGAAACCACCGAACAGGACAACUCUGCGGAGCCUGAAGCCGAGAUUGCACCCAUGUCUGAUGCUGAUUGGCUGCGGUCAAAGACGAGUCGUUUGUUGGGCCUUCUGGAUGACGAAGAACAGGAUGAAUUCGAUCAACACAAGGCUGAGGCGCCAGCUCGAGCGCCAGCUAAAGUUGCUUCACGAUCUUCCUCGCCCGAGGAUGAGUCUCCGCAGCGUGAAGAGGAAUCCCGCACUGCGGCCAUUGAGAACAUUACGUCCAACACGACUGACGUUGACAGCAUUACUGAGGCAGCGCCAGAGCCAGAAGAUCCAAAUGUUGACCUCAUCCGGAACUCCGCUCGUCUGUUCCUCAGGAAUCUUGCAUACGACACAACAGAAUCCGAUCUCCAGCCAAUAUUCGAACGUUUCGGAAAGAUUGAAGAGAUUCAUGUUGCUUUUGACACCCGCUCUACUACCAGCAAAGGCUUUGCUUAUGUGCAAUAUGCCGAUGCCGAUGCUGCCAUCGAGGCUUACCAGACCCUCGAUGGAAAACAUUUCCAGGGACGUCUGCUCCACAUCUUGCCAGCUUCUGCAAAGAAGACCUACAAGAUUGACGAGUAUGAAUUGUCAAAGCUUCCUCUCAAAAAGCAAAAGGAGAUCAAGCGGAAACAAAAUGCCUCUUCUUCUUCAUUUAGCUGGAACUCCUUGUACAUGAACGCCGAUGCUGUCAUGUCAUCAGUGGCUGGAAGGCUCGGAGUCUCCAAAUCCGAAUUGCUUGAUCCUACAUCUUCAGACGCUGCUGUUAAGCAAGCACAUGCUGAAACGCAUGUCAUCCAAGAAACAAAAGCCUACUUUGCCUCCAACGGGGUAAAUAUUGAUGCCUUCAAGCAGCGUGAGCGUGGAAAUACGGCUAUUCUAGUCAAGAACUUCUCAUAUGGAGUCAAGUCAGCAGAUCUCAGGAGUCUGUUUGACCCGUAUGGCAAGAUCGUCCGACUGCUGAUGCCACCCAGUGGUACAAUUGCUAUCGUGGAGUUCGCGCGACCGGAUGAGGCCCAAAAGGCUUUCAGGGGGAUGGCUUACAAGAAGAUGGGUGAUUCCAUUCUGUUCCUUGAGAAAGCCCCGAAGAACUUGUUUGAGGGUUCAGCUGCUCCACGCGCACUUGCUCCGGAGAUUCGGGGCAAGGACCAAGGAUUCUCGACUGCGGACACUUUUGCCGCAGAUGAGGCCGAUGAAAGCGUAGCAACCACAACACUCUUUGUAAAGAACUUGAACUUCACAACCACGAAUGAUCGAUUCCUGGAGGUGUUCCGACCAUUGGACGGCUUUGUCACCGGUCGCGUCAAAACCAAACCUGAUCCCAAGCGACCUGGCCAGACUCUCAGCAUGGGUUUCGCUUUCGCGGAGUUCAAAACCAAAGCUCAGGCCCAGGCUGCUCUUGCGGCUAUGAAUGGUUACAAGUUGGAUCAACACGAGCUUCUCAUCCGUGCAGCUCACAAGGGCAAGGACGCCGCCGAGGAGCGGAGGCGCGAAGACACCGCGAAGAAGGUCGCAGCGCGGAGAACAAAAAUCAUUAUCAAGAACUUGCCUUUCCAGGCCACCAAGAAGGACAUUCGAUCUCUAUUCGGUGCUUACGGACAACUUCGGUCUGUUCGUGUUCCUCAGAAGUUCGAUCGCACAGCUCGUGGUUUCGGUUUCGCAGACUUUGUAAGCGCUCGCGAAGCGGAAAAUGCCAUGGACGCGUUGAAAAACACGCAUCUUCUGGGCAGAAGAUUGGUUUUGGAGUUCGUGAACGAGGAGGCCGUCGAUCCCGAGGAGGAGCUCGCGCGCCUGGAGAAGAAGGUAGGAGAACAAAUGGACAGGGUCAAGCUCCAACAGCUUACUUCUGGCGCCGGGCGCAAGAAAUUCACUGUAGGAGGGCAGGAGGAAGAGGCAUGA